CCCGAAACCUUAUCAAAUUGACUCUGCUUCUGAACAAGUCAGUUGCCUCUCCUUUCAACACACGAAGACAGUCACGCGGAAACCUCACCGCUGCCCACGCCGUUGCCGACCAGUUGCUCGGCCCCUUUCUCCCUCAACACCGGCCUGCGCUGACGUUCACUUUCAUAGAACCAACGUCCAUCACCCCGUGUAGAAUCCACGCACCCAUGUAAAAGGAUGGGAAGCCUUGUAGUCUUUGGCAUGUCCAGCCCAAUCAGUGGUGCAUCUUCGUCUCCAUCUCUAGCUUCCCCCUUGCAUCACCUCCAUUCCUGUUCUUCCAUGUCUGACCUCAAGCAGUUUCACUCUCAAGUCAUUCGUCUCGGCCUCUCUACAGACAACUAUGCUAUGGGUCACCUUAUCAAGUUUUGUGCACUGUCUAAUUCUGGUGAUAUCACUUACGCCCUCCACCUGUUCGACUCUCUACCUCAUCCAGAUGCAUUCAUUUACAAUACCAUAAUCAGAGGCCACUUGCAGUCCGAGUCACCAAUAAAUUCUUUUCUUUUCUACUCCCAGAUGUUACACGACUCUGUCAUCCCCAAUAGGUAUACUUUCCCUUCUCUCAUUAGAGCUUGUGGCCUUGAUAAUGGUGUUCAAGAAGGCAGACAAGUACAUUCCCAUGUUGUCAAAUUUGGAUUUCUAGCUGAUGGGUUUUGCCAAAACAGUCUAAUACAUAUGUAUCUUAGUUUUCAGUCUCCAGUGGAAGCAAGGAGGGUCUUCGAUAGCAUGCCAUUGCGGGAUGUGGUGUCUUGGACCACAUUGAUUGCUGGCUACUCUCAAUGUGGAUUUGUUGACGAGGCUUUUCAACUCUUUGAGUUGAUGCCUGAGAGGAACGCUGUUACUUGGAAUGCCAUGAUUGCAUCCUAUGUUCAGAAUAAUCGUUUCCACGAGGCCUUUGCUUUGUUUCGUAGGAUGCGAGAAGAAGAGGUGACCUUGGAUAAAUACUUGGCUGCUAGUAUGUUAACAGCUUGCACAGGAAUAGGUGCUCUCCAUCAAGGGAAAUGGAUACAUGACUAUAUCGAGAAAAGCUGCAUUGAAUUAGACUCCAAACUUGUUACAACAAUCAUUGACAUGUACUGCAAAUGCGGUUGUUUGGACAAGGCUUUCCAGGUUUUUAACGAGUGGCCCCAUAAAGGAAUUUCCUCUUGGAACUGCAUGAUUGGAGGGCUUGCAAUGCACGGAAAAGGAGAAGCUGCCAUUGAACUCUUUGAAGAGAUGCAGAGGAGGAUGGUAGCACCGGACCAUAUCACUUUUGUCAACCUUCUUAGUGCUUGUGCUCAUUCAGGGUUAGUGGAGGAGGGUCGUCAUCACUUCCAAUGCAUGACUCGGGUUUAUGGUAUUGAGCCUAGAAGGGAGCAUUUCGGCUGCAUGGUGGAUCUGCUUGGAAGAGCUGGGAUGCUAGAGGAAGCAAGAGAGCUUAUAGAUGAGAUGCCCAUAAGCCCAGAUGCUGGUGUGUUGGGUGCUCUUCUUGGGGCUUGUAAAAUCCAUGGAAACAUAAAAUUGGCUGAGGAAAUUGGGGAAGAAGUAAUAAAACUGGACCCUGAAAACAGCGGGCGCUAUGUGCUAUUAGCUAAUUUAUAUGCCAGAGCUGGUAGGUCAGAAGAUGUGGCCAAAGUGAGGAAGUUGAUGAAUGACAGGGGAGUGAAGAAAGUUGCUGGAUUUUCCAUGAUUGAAUUGGAGGGUGCUGUUCAUGAGUUCAUCGCAGGAGGAAGAACCCAUCCCGAGUCCAAAGACAUAUAUGGUAAAGUUAAUGAGAUGUUGGAAGACAUAAGAUGUGUUGGCUAUGUUCCUGAGUCUGAUGGAGUACUAUUGCAUGAUGUUGAAGAGGAGGAAAUGGAGAAUCCAGUCUACCAUCAUAGUGAGAAGCUUGCAAUUGCCUUUGGAUUGUUGAAGACUAAACCAGGGGAGACAAUUCGAAUCUCGAAGAACUUGCGGGUGUGCAAAGACUGUCACAAUGCAAGCAAACUGAUCUCAAAAGUUUUUGAUCGUGAGAUAAUUGUGAGAGAUAGAAAUCGAUUUCACCAUUUUAAAAAUGGGUUGUGUUCUUGUAAAGAUUACUGGUAAAAGAGGUGACAUUGGAUAAAUACUUGGCCGGUAGUAGUUAGAGGCUUCAUAGAUUGCUUUCACCACCCCUUUUUUUU